AUGGCAAGCGGUGCUUUCACAGAUGACCAGCUUCAAGCUAUCUCCGCCAUUGUUCAGCAGGCUGUUCUUCCUCUCAGAGAAGCCUCUGCAAGAAAGCAGCCUGCGACAAAUGGCCUUCCUGAACCAGCGCAAACAAAUGGGGUCAAUGGAUACCACUACACUGCCCCAGAAGAUAUCAACAGCGCUCAAGACCGAGUCAAGUUUGCAUAUUGGGUACCCAAUGUCUCUGGUGGUCUCGUCAUCAGCAAGAUCCCUCAGCGAACGAACUGGGACUACCUAUCCAAUGUGAGAUAUGCACAGACUGCCGAGAAUGUUGGUUUCGAGUUUGCCCUGACACAAAUUCGAUUUAUGUCGGGUUACGGUGCCGAGAACCAGCAUGAAUCUGUUUCAUUCUCGCAAGCCCUGCUCCAUAACACGAAAAAGCUCAACGUCAUUGCAGCUCUAUUACCAGGGCCAUGGAACCCAGCUGUGGCUGCGAAACAAAUUGCCAGCAUCGAUCAUUACACCAAUGGCCGAAUCUCUGUCAAUAUCGUCUCAGGGUGGUUCAAAGCCGAGUUCACAAGUAUCGGACAAUGGUGGCUAGAACAUGCUGAGCGUUACAGACGCAGUAGAGAAUUCAUCGAAUGCCUAAAAGGAAUCUGGACCACGGACAAGUUCAGCUUCAAAGGCGAUUUCUACCAAUUCCACGACUACCCUCUUUCCCCCAAGCCUCUCGCCAGCCCCGGACGCCCUCACCCCCUCAUCUUCCAAGGCGGAAACUCCAUCGACGCUCGUGACAACGGCGCGCAUGUCUCAGAUUACUAUUUCAUGAACGGCAACACCCUAGAAGGAUUCCAAGAGCAGAUCGCCGACGUCAAAGCCCGAGCCAAGAAACUAGGCCGCGAAGACGAGAUUAAGUUCGCCGUCAACGGCUUCUGCAUCGUCAAAGAAACCGAAGCAGAAGCCAUCAGGCUCCUGCAAGAAAUCCAGGGCAAAGCCGACAAGGAAGCCGUAGCCGCUUUCGGCGACGCCGUCAAGCAGGCUGGUUCUAGUACCGGGAACAAGAAGGGCAUGUGGGCUGAUAGCACGUUCGAGGACUUGGUGCAGUAUAAUGACGGAUUCAAGACCAAGUUGAUUGGGACCAAGGAGCAGAUCGCCGAUCGUAUUUUGUUGCUUAAAAGUCUGGGUAUCGAUAUUGUGCUGCUUGCGUUCUUGCAUUAUGAGGAGGAUAUCGAGUAUUUUGGGGAGCAGGUCUUGACUCUUGUGAGGCAGUUGGAGAAGGAGGGACGCGGCAAGAAUCAAGAAGAUGAAAUCGCGAGGACGGGCGAGGUGUAUAGAGCAAAGAAGGUGGUAUAG